UAUAUAGAGCGGUGGGCGGGAGGCAGGCGUGUGUGUGUUUUUUUCGGGGCGCACGGUUCCUUGCAGGUUUGGGCGCAGUUCGGCCGGGCAGGUUUGCGAGAUCGAGACAAUGGCGUGGCAGCCCAUGGAGAUCAACCCGGAGAUGCUGAACAAAGUGCUGUCCCGCCUCGGAGUUGCCCCUGGCUGGAGGUUUGUGGAUGUGCUGGGGUUUGAGGAGGAUGUCUUGAAUGCUGUACCCACCCCAGCUUGCGCUCUGCUGUUACUCUUUCCCCUUACUGCUCAGCAUGAAAAUUUCAGAAAAAAGCAGAUGGAAGAAUUGAAGGGCCAAGAAGUGAGCUCCAAAGUCUAUUUUGUGAAGCAGACGGCCAGUAAUUCCUGUGGAACAAUUGGCCUUCUACACGCAGUGGCCAACAACCAAGAUAAAAUUUUAUUUGAUGAAGGGUCUGCACUAAAGGAGUUCCUCACUGCAACAGCUGACCUCUCUCCUGAUGAGAGGGCAAAACGUCUUGAAAACAACAAGGCCAUUCAAGAAGCCCACAAUGCAGUAGCACAGGAAGGCCAAUGUCGGGUUGAAGAUGACAAAGUCAACUUCCAUUUCAUUCUCUUUGCCAGUGUGGAUGGACACCUCUAUGAACUGGAUGGACGAAUGCCUUUUCCUGUAAAUCACGGAGCGAGUUCGGAUGACACCAUGCUGAAGGCUGCUGCCAAGGUCUGCCGGCAGUUCACAGAACGUGAGCAAGGAGAGGUCCGCUUUUCUGCUGUGGCGCUGAGCAAGUCUGCCUGAAGUUCAGGAGUUAGAGCGACCCCAUAGUAGGCCCUCACAGAAAGCAAUCCAGGCCCCUAGUGCUUUAGUACUUGUGUUUAAAAAACAAAAGCACUGCUGUUCUUGAUCUUCCGUUUAAAGUGUCCUGCUGAUCCUAGCCUCAUUCCCCGCCCGCCCCCCUCACUACUUACUCACAGCAGCUUCAGCAGAGCUGGUCUUAAAAGUUUAGCUCCAAGUCUUUGGCACUUCAGAUAUGUUGGGUCCCUUCUUGACUGCAACUUGUUUAAAUGCUUCAUAGGGCUUCCUUGGACGUGUGCCUCCAAAGUUUCUUUUUAAGCUGUUGUGACUUCUUGUCAAUCACAAAAAUAAAUCUCUUCUUGGUAUUCCAAAGCA